UGUAUUUUGACAAAUAAAUAAUAUUUAAACAAUAAAUUUACUGACCUGUAUAUAUACAAGUGUGUGUUAUUUGGUUGUGCGGUGCAAAUGGCGUCUGAUAACGAUUCAUCUUGUGUUUCUGACCCAAAUUUUGCAAUUAUUUGCAGUUUUUUGGAGAAAUUUGGUAAAGUGUGUGGUAUUACCUAUCCUGAUUUUAAUGAUUUGCAAGAAAUGAUUGAAAAUACACAAGAAGUUCCAGAUGCAUUGAACGAACUUCAUAUAAAAUUACUUCGCAAAGUUCGACGUUCAGUAAACAGCGAUCGUUGGGAAAAAGCUCUCGUUAAAUUUUGUCAUUCAUACUCCAAUCAAGAUGCAUGGGAAGUUGAAAGAUUUGGUUAUAAAAAAUCAAGGAUUUCAGUAAAAUUACGAAUAUUAAAGACUUUGUUAGAAGCACAAUUUGAUUUAAAUGCAAAAUUCAAAACAGAAGUGAAUCGUAUGCCAACUGAAGAAUUAAGACUGGAACCGAUUGGUAAAGAUCAAAAAGGUUUUUCAUAUUGGUAUCAAAUUGAUGAAUUGUGUAAUGUACGAGUGUAUCGAGAAGAUCCAGACGAAGAAACUUGGGAUCUAAUUGCUAAAAAUCGGGAAGAUAUUGUUUCAUUAAUCACAAGAUUAUCGACCAAUAACGAUACGCUUGAAGUAGUCACCAAUGAAGAUAGCAACAGUCUAGAAAUUGAAAAACCUAUAACAGAUACUGGCCAAAUCGAAGAGGAUUCAAAAGAUACUUCGAUCAAUUCACAAGAUAGUGAAGACACAUCAAAAAGUAUAAAAGAUACUGAAGAUGAUAAAGAAGAGAUUGAAAAUCCUAAUGAACAUAUUAAAAAAGAAAAUACGAUUAAAAAUGACGUAGAAAAUACCAAAUCAGAAAAGCCAAUAUUAAAAGAAAAAACAACAUCCACACCUAAAAAUGAAGAAAAGUCUGUGGAAGAGUUAUCGAAAAUUGAAGAAAAGCCUGUAGAAGAAUCACAAAAAAUCAAAGAAAAGUCUGUUGAAGAAUCAGAAAAAACUGAAGAAAAGUCUGCCGAAGAAUCACCAAAAAACGAAGAAAAGCCUGUAGAAGAGUCAUCGGAAAUCGAAGAAAAGUCUCUAGAAAAGUCAUCGGAAAUCGAAGAAAAGCCUGUAGAAGAGUCAUCGGAAAUCGAAGAAAAGCCUGUAGAAGACUCAUCAAAAAUCGAAGAAAAGCCUGUAGAAGACUCAUCAAAAAUCGAAGAAAAGCCUGCAGAAGAAUCAUCGAAAAUCGAAGAAAAAGAGUCUACUGAAAAAGUUGUAUCUAAACGUAGUAAUGACGAUGACGGAGAAUCGAAUAAUUCUAAGAAAUCAAAAACUGAUGAAAAAGUUGAGGUCAGUAGUGAAAUUACAGAGCCCACAAUGAUAAUCCAAGGCGAAGGGUCCGGUAAAGAGUGUGAGAGUAUAAAUAAUUUUCAUCAGGAUAAUAUUAUCGUCGAAGAUGAGAUUGUGGAAGAUGUUGUAUAUUUUUAUGGUGAAGGCAGUGGUCAUGAAUGUAUGACUGCAAAUGAUACCGAAAAAGAAACAAAAAAAGACGAUGAAGCAUCCACAAGUACUACACCAGUAAAAAACGAUGAAACAUCGAAUGAAAAUAAAAUUGAUGACGUAAGUAAAUCGAAUGCACCAUUGCCGGUCACAAAACGAUUUUUACAAUCGGCCAAAGAAACAGCAAAUGAAAUUGAAAAGCGUAAUACUGCCGCCGAUGAUAAAGAUAAAAAAAAUGAUACCACUGAUUCCGAUAAAGGAACGUUUUUUUUCGGCCCCGGUAGUUUAACUAAUAAAUUAGAUUCCGCAAAUCCGGAUUCUACGAAUGAAACGGAUAAUUUGAAGGAAUCUGAUGUAGAAGAAAAGAAGGGUAUUGUAAAUUUAGAUAUUAAGCACAAAAAUUUAGAAAAUAAUUUAAGUAGUAAAGAAAAAGAAACUGUCGAAGAUAUUAGACCAAUAGUAAAUAUUAGUAAAUCUGGAGAGAAUCAGGACGAAUCUAAAAUUAAUGAAUCGAAUAGAAGUAAUUUAGAAAAAUCAAAAGAAUCUGAAAUUAGCGAAACAAAAAUUUCUACAAAGGAAAUUAAAGAAACCAUGGAUCCUAAGUUAAAAGAAUCUGAUACGAAAACAAGCGACGUUAAACAUCCAAAGAAGGAAAUCAAAGAAAACACGGAUAUGAAACUUAGCGAAACAAAAUUUUCUACAAAAGAUAAUAAACAUACCACGGAUUCUAAACUAAAAGAAAAUGAUACAAAAAACAAUGAAACUGAAACUUCUCCAAAAGAAAUCAGAGAAAACACGGAUUCUAAAUUAAAAGAAACUAACACGAAAGAAAGUAAGACGAAACUUUCUACAAAGGAAAUUAAAGAAAGUGUAGAUACUAAAUUAAAAGAAUCUGAAAUUAAAAUAAGUGAAACAAAAAAAGAAGCAGGAAAUCUCGAGAGUGAUAAAGAAGUUAAAUCGAUAAAUGAAUCAGUUCUGGAAUUAAAGGAUAAAGAGAGCAAAACUGCAGUUAAACCUAAAUCCGACUUAAAAUCAAAAGACAAUACAGAGAAUAAACCGGAAGUUAAACCAACUCCUGAUGGAAUUAAAUCUAAAAUUACCCUAACUCCUGAAUUAAAAGAAACUAAAUCGGAAGUUAAAGCUGAAUCAAACGAAAUUAAAUCAGAAAUUUCUGAAGAUACUAAAGAGUCUAAACCGAAAAUCAAACCAACUGCUAACGAUGUUAAAGAAAUUAAACCGGAAAUCCAACUAACUCCCGAGGCUAUUAAAGAAACUAAAUCGGAAAUUAAAUUAAUUUCGGAAAAGAAAAUUUCAAAGAAAGAGACUGAGUUGAAUAAAAAAGAAAUUAAAUCCAUCGAAUCUAGAAAACCAAAUGAAAUUGAAGACAGUUUUAAAGCCGAAGAUACCUCAGAAACUGAAGACGAAAACAAAAAAAUAGUUGAAACAAAAAUUAUUGAUCCUAUAUCGUGUGAUGAAAAUCAAGUAACAAAAAAAUCUAAUUCGGUAGUUACCCGCAAACAUUCGAAACGUUUAAAAAAACCGGAAAUUAUUGAUCCAUUACUUGUUCCCGAAGACGAAGAUGACUCGAUGGUAGCUAAUAACAAACCUUUAUUAAUGUGCAUAGACAUAAAUAGAUUAAAAUCGAAUUCUGAUAUUUCCGAAAAUAUUAUAGAUAGCAAAGAACUACUUUCAAAACCACUAAAAGAUCCAAUUGAUGUAAUAGAGCCCAUAGAUCCAAUUGCAAAUGAAAUGGAUGAAGAUCCACUAUGUGGUGUGGAUUUAGAUUUACAAAAAACUUCGCCAGAUAUUGAAACUUCAGGAAAAUCGCGUAAACGAGAACGAGAACUGGAUACUGACGAAAAUUCUGAACAAGAGACGAAACGUCUUCGAUCAAGAAAUCGGCAUAUAGAUACUGAGCUUCGUAAAAGUAUUGAACAGAAAAAAAUGGAAGAAAACAGUAGUUCUAGCGAAGACGAAAAAGAGUCUGUAUCGACACCACUGGUAGAAAAUCGCAGUUCACCUCGUCGACAGGUUGCACGACGUGGUGGAGUUCGUCCAAUGCAAACUCGAAGUGGAAAUUCUACGCCAGUUACAAAACCACAAUCGAAAACAUCUGCUGCGAAAUCUUCUGUUACAAAACCUACUGUUAUAAAACCUGCCGUUAUAAAACCUGUCAUCGUUAAACCUUCUAAAAUUAUUGCUAAACCAAUUAACACUCCGACUUUGGUAUAUCCAGAAAAUAGUGUAACUAAAAAAAAACCUCGAAGACUAUUAGGGCUUGAAAUUGAUGAAGAUGCAACAUUAUCUGAUAGACUAACACCAGUAAGACAAUCACGAAGAAUAGCUCAAAUUAAAAUUAAAGAAGAAGCUGAAAGACGAAAAAUAGAAGAUUUAGUAGAAGAUAAACCAAGUAAAAAAUAUAAGGAAAAUGAUAAAAGUAAGAAGAAAGGUAAAAAAUAUACUGAUGACAAUGAAUCAAAUAGUGAAGAUGAAGACUAUAAUUCAAAAAUAAAAUCAAAAAAGAAGAAGAAAGGUUUUAAAAAGUUCGAUGAAUCAAAUCCAUGGAAAUCAAGUAGUGGCUCAGAUACCAGUGAUGAAGAAGAUGUCGAACCAGAAAUCGAGGAAGAAGUGUCAGAUGAUGAAGUAUUAGUAUUUAAAUCAGAUCAUGAAUUCUCACCAGAAAGUGAUUUAGAACAGACUGCUGAUAUACAACCAUUAAGGAGGGCAAGAACAGCCAAAGUCGAAUCCGAUGUGGAAGAAGAUGAAGUUGAUGAUUACGCUUGCCAAAAAUGUGGAAAAUCAGAUCAUCCUGAAUGGAUAUUGCUGUGUGAUUCAUGCGAUAAUGGCUGGCAUUGUUCAUGUUUACGUCCUCCACUUUUAGUUAUUCCAGAGGGUGAUUGGUUUUGCCCUCCAUGUCAACAUAUUACACUCAUAUCUAGGCUUAAAUUAAAACUAGAAGAAUUUGAUAAACUGGAAAAGAAAAUCGAAAGUGAGGUACUACAUCGACAACGGUUACAAUAUGUUGGUAUCAGUAUGGCAAAUGUAUUACCAUCAAGUGAUCCUGAUUCGAAAGCGCCACGGCAUAAACAUCAUGAGGGUAUGGAAAUGGAAUAUGAAGAAAAUGGGCAUGACUCUGAUAGAAGUGGAAGUGAUAGUCGAUCGAGUCGAUCGCGUUCGUCUAGUGGGAGUGAUAGUAGUGAACCAAUUUACCAACUACGCCAACGACGUCAAGCGAAUAGUUAUCGAUUUAACGAAUACGAUGAUUUAAUUAAUUCAGCUAUUCAAGAUGAAUUGGAAGCUGUAAAAGGAGCUGGUAAUCAAGGUCGCGGAAAAGAUAUCAGCACAAUUGUUAACGCAGAAAAAGAAGAGCAAGAAGAAUUAGAAAAACAGCGUAAACUUGAAGAAAUGAACGAUAAUGGUAUUGAGAAACCAGAAGCAGGUAGUGGGGAUGAGAAAGAAAAAGAUGAUUUAUGUGAUGAGAUACCACCUGUUGUUAAAAAACGAACUAAGGCUGGCAGAAAGAAACAUUCAAAGUUAACUAGUUUAGAUUUUGAAUCGGACGAUGAUGAUGCAGCUUCUGAUGAAGAUUUCAAGGGGAGCAGUUCCGAGGAAGAAUUUGAUGAGGAUUCUGGUACAGAAGGAUCUGGUAGUAGCUACGGCGGGAGACGGGGUGCGGCUGUACGUCGUUCAUCGAGGCGACGAGCCACUCGAUAUGAUAAUGAUUUUAUUAAUGAUAACAGUGACGACGAUGAUAUUCCAAAGCGGAAAAAAUCUCGUUCAAUUUGGGACGAAUCUGAAAGCGAGGAAAGUGACGGAUCGUGGGGAAAUAGGAGAAAAAGGAGUAAAAAAGCACGUAACAUUCCACCAAAACCGAAAAAAGUAUUUUAUAAACCAAAAAAGAAAAAGAAUCGUAUUACAUCUGACAAUGAAAGUGAUCGUGAACUUGAGAAACGUGUAAAAAAACCAAAAAUUAAAUAUGGUGGUUUAACUGAUGAUGAAGAAGCACCUAUUUCUAACUUACCACGUACACGAGGAAAGAAAAUUAAUUAUUUGGAAGCACUUGGGUCUGAUAGUGAAGAGGAUGCGUAUAAAUCAACAGUCAAACCAUUGAAAGACAGUGAAGAUGAAUUUGUUUUACACGACGAAGAAAUUGAUGAAGACGAAGAGGAAGAUAUUGAUGGUAUCGCUAAAAAGGAUACAUCAAGUGAAAAAGUUGAAUCCACUCCAGAAAAGUUAUCUCCUCCAAAAACUACUUCUAAUACUCCCGUUGUAAAGCCAGCAGUUCCACUACCUGCAAAAGAAAGCCCUUCAUUGUCGGAAACUCCUAGUAAAUUACCAGAGAUACCUAAAGUUAAUGAAAUUGAUAAAACUCCAGUUCCUAAACCAAAUACAAAUACAACAACACCUCCUUCAGCAACACAAAGUGAAACGCUAAAACCAACGUUACCUGUUACACCCGCUAGAAAUGGUCGAGGUGGAGGGCGAGGGUCUCGUGGAGGACGUGGAAGUGGUACUCCUAGAACUCCAUCAACUCGUGGAAGUCCACGGGGGCGAGGAGGUGGACCAGGAUCACGUGGGGGUAGAGGGUCACGUGGUGGUAGAGGAGGACAACGAGGAAGUGCAAUAAUAUCCCCAGGAAGUCUUCCAGAUAGAACAUCUGUGUUACAAACCCCAAGUGAAGUGAAUAAGGUACAAACUCCAAGUGCCGUGAACAAGUUACAAACUCCAGGUGCGGUGAAUAAAUCACAAACUCCAGGUAUUGUAAAUAAGUUACAAACUCCAGGUGUCGUGAACAAGGCACAAACUCCAGGUGUCGUGAAAAAGCAACAAACUCCAGGUGUCGUGAACAAGAUGAAAGCUGCAAGUGCUGUGAAUAAAUCUUUAAAAAGUGACGACCUCAAAAAUAAAAAUAUUAGUGACGAAGAAGAUGAAGAUGAAGAAGAUGAGGAUGAGGAUGAGGAUGAAGAUGAAGACGAGUUGGACGAAGAAGAAGAAGAUAGUGAGUUGGACGAAGAAGGUUUGUCAGGCGAAGAAGAUUCUGAAGAAUGCUCAGAUAUAGAUGAAGAAGACGAAGAUUCAGAGGGUCGAAUCGAUAUUAAUGAUUUAGACUCGGAUGAAUUGGAAAAUUUGGACGAAGAAGAAUUGGCUGAAUUGAUGAUGGAAGAAGAAGCAUUUGCUAACAAACAAUUAGAAAUGAUGGGAUCGAAAAUAGCUAAACAGAAAAAAGCGAAAGAGGGAGAAAAGAAGGAACCACAGAAAUCAAAAGUGAACGAUAAAAAAAUUGAAAAACCAAUUUUCCCAAAAAAAUUGGAAGAAGAUAAACAAAAGAAUGUAAUCAAAGAACAAUUGCCAGUGGAAAAUAAGUCACCUAGUUCAGUAAAGAAUCCUAUAAUAAAUAAUAAAAAAGAAAAUGAAUUAAAUGUAUCACCAUCACCAGCAGUUGGAGCUUUACAAUCAUUACCAGUUACUAAAGCACCGGUGAUUCCAAAUAAACCUCCAGAAUUUAAAGUGAUGAUGAACGAAUCGAAUUCUUCAUUUAACACCGAAUCAAAUUCUUCAUUUAAAUCUGAUGAUAUGAGAUCGCACGACGAACUUUCACAAACAUCCACAAUUCGAAAUAUAUUACGGCAACAUACGACGGAUACGCUCAAUCCAGGAACUGAACUACCUCCUCAACCUCAGCCGAUGGACCAACCUCCUCAACCAACACCACCAAAACGUAGGGGUCGUGGUAAAGGUAAAAAAACAUUAGCUGCCGAAGCGGCAGCAGCAGCUGCAAAAGCUGCUGAAAGUGGUCAACCUAUACCAACUACUGUGGUUGACCCUUCAAAAGGAGUACCUGCUACUGCACCGUCUAUUUUAUCGAAUAAAUUAGGUAUAGCUCCUCCGCCACAACCUUUUAUACAAUCACAACCUGCGCCUUCAGUAAUAACACGUAUGUUACAAUCUGCACCGGUUGGACCAACACAAAAUUUUAAUCCAUUAUCAAAUCCGAUGGGUCCUAGAUUUUUUAAUUCACCUGGUGAACGUCCGAUGUUUACCGGCCGUAAUACUCCAAACAUGUAUCGACCUCCGUCUUCAACUCCUCCAACACAAGGUAUGCCAGUACCACCAGGUGGUCCACCAAUUUAUCACACGGCUCAUCAUCCACUAGAUCCAUCACCUUCUGGAGGAGGUACAAUUACAAUGGCACCAUCACCUCCAGUUGAUAAAAACAUAAUAAUGCCACCAAUAGGAGGUGCACCACGCCUUGGAGGUCCACCACCACCACUACGACAUCAUUUACCACCGUUCCCACCUCAAACAGUUGGACCACCUCCUCCUGGCCCGCCAGGUCCACCACGACCUCCAGGUAGUUAUUCACCGUAUGCCCCGCCACCUCCAGGAAAUUAUCCGUUUGGUACUUAUCCACCACAACCACCGCCACCUAUGAUGGGUCCAACAGAUGAUGGACUACCUCCUCCUACAUAUCAAGGUCCACCCUAUACAGAUCCAUAUAUACCACCACCAGAGGCUGAAGCAGUACCACCACCUGGUGUGUUAGUAGACAAUAGUAGUAGUAAACCUUACGAGGAAGAAGGUAGUGGUGAAUUUGGUGGUUUAGUAUCGUACUUUUCAAGUCAACGUGAAGAUGAUAUUGACACGUAGCAAGAUGGUAUACAUUAAUUUGUAAAUUAAUAAAAAUUAAUAAUUGUAUACAUCAUUUUUUAGUAAUAAUCAUAAUAAGCGUGGGAUCCGUGACAAUAAAACUGCACUUACACGGAUUUCGAAAUUUCGCAUAUGAAUCAAUACUAUUUAACGAUAGGUACAAGUUGGACUAGGUGUGUCAGUGUUUACCCUGGCAGAAAUAUUUUUAAAUUUUUAAUAAUUACUUAAUUAUUUAAGUAUUUUGCACUUUCAUGGAAAUUAAUUUGUAAGAGACCAUUUUAUUGCAAAUUUUAUCUUUUUUCAGGAAAAUUUGGUGUGACAGCUCUUAUCGUGGCAGAAAGGUCUGUCACACCCUUAUCGCGGAAUUCCCUUUUUUUUAAAAUUUGUUCGUUUUGAGUUCUACUUUCGAAAUAUCUCGGUGUGACAACUGAAAACUUGACCAAAAUAUCAGUAACACCAGUAAAAAAGAAAAAAAAACCUGGCAAAAAAUAUUUCUGCCAGGAUAAACCACGACACACCUAGUCCAUAUUGUACCUAUCAGUAAAUAGUAUUAAUUCAUAUGCGAAAGUUCGAAAUUCGUCUAAGUUGAGUUUUACUGUCACGGGCUCCAGGGCUAUAAAUAAAUGUAAAAAGAAGUAAUAGGGCACCUUCAAACGAAUGACCAAAGUUACUACAAAAGUUUUUCUGUUUGGAUCUCAGCGACAAAAAAAUGUAGUUUUUCAAAAAGUUUAAACAAAAAUAUUGAUUGUAGAAAUUAUUAAUAAGGACGCACUAGGUGACCCGAGCGAAAUUUUCGCAUCCCCAAAGUAAGCACCCGGCUUAUAUUAAGGAAAUACCAAAAUUUAUGUUUGUGAUUCAAAUAUAAACAGUAAUUUACUUUCUUUUUAUUGUGUAUAGUCAAAUUUAUUACAGAUAUUUACAGAUAUGAUAUACAAAUUACAUACCGAACAAAAUUAUAUCUUAAAGGGUUAUGCAUUUCGUGAAAAUAUAUCCCUUUCAGGACCUACUAUAAAA